UCGGGGUUUUCCCGGUCCAGAGCGCCUGCGGUUGUUCCCCACCUCUGGAUGCUUUAGGUUACUAGACUGAGUCAUCUGAACUAACUCUUAAGAGGCAAAGAUAGCUACUGUACGCGGAGCUUUACUGGCAACUAAAGGGAGUUAGCGAAGAUAAUGGUGUGUCGCCAUCAGUAUACAAAAUAAUACCUUGUUUCACACCGAUAGCGGUGACAUAGCUGUUGAGAUUUCGCAAUUCGACCGUGUCCAUUACCAGUGGAUUUUUUUUAGUUAAGGCUUUACGCAACUAGCUAGCUGGCUAUUGAAAUCAUAUUACCAAACUAGAGGGCCAGCGAACUGUCCUACAUGUGAAAUAUUUUUGGUUUUAUUCGGGCAUCUUAAUUAACCUACUUUAGCUGGGUAGCUAGCGAGAUAGUUUGACAGCAAAUAUCUGCUGCCGAGUCUGUGGAGAAAUGUCUGGCGUGUCUGUAACAAAACAGGAGCACGGAGAAGGAAAGGGAAUUUUGCAGUCUUCAUUUCCACAGAAGAGCAUCGGUCAGAUAGUGCUACCUCACGAACAACAGCAGACGGUCUUCGUGAUUCUUGAUUCCACGGCUGAAUCCGUUAAUCUCAUCAGUGUGGAGCCCCUAUUACCAGAAUCCGGAAUCGUUGCUGACAUCGAAGUGGACAGCAUCCUCGAAUCUGAUUCAGAAACUUUCUAUCAGCUGAAGAGUCAGCCCAUCACAAUCAGUGACUCAGUUGCCCCUGCUGUGUCUGUGGCGAGCCCGGGCGCCUCGGCAAUGACGUCGCGGGUGUUGAUGAGGCAGGACCUGAUGAGGCAGCAGGCGCAGGACCAAGAACGGAGAGAAGCCCAACAGCAGGCCUCCAGUGCCCUGCUACGCUCCACCGACAUUUCACCUGCCAUCUCCGUCUCCUCCACCCUGCCUUCUGCUCGCCCCACACCCACACAGGUCCCUGUGGAGGUGCUGAAGGUUCAGACUCACCUGGAGAACCCUACUAAGUACCACAUCCAGCAGGCUCAGAGACAGCAGGUGAAACAGUACCUCUCCCACACGCUUGGCAACAAGGUGGCCAACCAGACGCUGGCCACAUCUUCCUCACCUCAGUCAGGCUCCGCCCCCGAGCUGGCGCCGGCCACCAACAGCACUCCAAGCAGCCCCUUGGCUGUACUCAGCCUUGGCCCAAACAAAGAGGAGAUCGAAGAUGUCAUCGAUGACAUCAUCAGCCUGGAGUCCAGCCUGAACGAUGAAUUUGUGACGACGCUGAUCGACUCUGGCCUGCAGCUUCCCAGCACGGUAUGUCUCCCUGAAAAUAUCCUGGAUGUGUACAGCAGUGCUGGGAUGGCAGCUCCGACCAUCACAGUCAGCAAUUCCUGUCCUGCAAACUUGCACAACGUCAAAAGAGAACUGACAGAUGCUGAGGCUAAAGCUCUCAUUAAGGAACGGCAGAAAAAGGACAACCACAACCUUAUUGAGCGACGAAGAAGAUUCAACAUCAAUGACCGCAUUAAAGAACUGGGAGAGCUUGUUCCAAAGUCCUGUGACCCUGAGAUGCGCUGGAACAAGGGCACCAUCCUGAAGGCCUCGGUGGACUACAUCCGCAAGCUGCAGAAGGAGCAGCAGAGAGCCAAGGAAAUGGAGCUCAGGCAGAAGAAGCUGGAACUGACCAACCACAGCCUACUCCUCCGCAUCCAGGAGUUGGAGAUGCAGGCUCGUGUCCAUGGCAUCGCUUCCUCCCAGGGUUCUGACCCCACAAACAGGCACCAGCAGCAGCAGCAGCCGCGGCAGGAACCCACUCCUCUGGAGUCCAGCACAGAGCCCCUCUCCAAAACCUUCCUCACCCUGGGUGGACAAGGGCUCAACCAGACCACCAUCUCCACUCUACUCUCCCCUCCGCCUUCGGCCUCGCCCGUGGGAGAGGCCAUGACCAUCCCGCUCGACCUCGGAACUCUAACCUUCGGCGAGCUGGAUGACCCUGCCUCCUCCAUGUUUGGCCCCGCCUUGAUGGGAGACAUGGGCCUAGGGGACAUUCUGAUGGACGAUGGUGGUGCUCUGUCGCCAGUAGGGGGUGCCGACCCGCUGUUGUCCUCUGUCUCCCCUGGGGCCUCUAAGACCAGCAGUCGCAGAAGCAGUUUUAGCAUGGAGGAGGACUUGUGACGGACACAUUUUUGACGUUGAAUUCGGCCUGAAGGACUGUGUCACUGCAACACAGAGCCAGCAGGCAGCCCGACGACGUCUUCAUACCUGCCCAUGCACCUCACAUACCAGCCAACAGCAGGAAGUGCGUCACAACGUCAGUUGUUUGUAACUGCAUUACUGUAAAAGGCCUACACACAGCAUGGCAUACAGAUCCCUGCUGAGAUAACCAAGGCGUGCACUCCAUAGCCUUUACCUCCAACAGUCAGAGGUGCAACAACUGCUUGCAAGAGCAGAGUAAUAGGCUAUUGAUGAGAUAAGCUGCAUUGUUUUUAAAGAAUGUAUGAUGCCAAUAGAUGUACAUAUGAUAAAUUUUACAAUUAGGGAUCAGAAUAAGCAACCUGAUUUAAUGAUUUUGUGUGUUUAUUGAAACUGUGUUAUAGAAGCUGAAAUAGGCACUAUGUAGUUGCAGACAAACUGACACAGUACUCUUUAACAAACACAAAUACCACUGGUUUUAACAAGUUAUUUUAUAAUGUUCAUAAUAUCAAGUUAAUCUAAAGACUUUCCAAACAAACAAGUAUGGCAUGUUAUCCUGCAGUCUGUAUUUGGUGGUGUGUGUGGAAGAAUAUUGGGUCAGAGAUGCUCAAAUGAGUCUCAUUGUUUCAGUGAAGCCAAAACAAGACAAAAAACCUAAUAACAUUUGUUGAGGACAGAUUUUCAAAAUGCCAGCUGUGACAUUUUAGUCUUCCCUUGGAUCAUGUAGCUCAUCAUAAUUGAAAGGGAUAGUACUGCUGUAUUCUUGUGAUGUAGUAUUUUGUUGUUCGCUUGUGUGCACAGGUUCUUUCACUAUGUGUAAGUGUUUAUGCAUUUGUGUGAAUUUUGCUGAGUGUGUGGUUGUGAGCGUGCCUGCAUAUGUGUAUGUUUAUAUAAGGAGACAAUGAUCCUGUCAGGGCACACGUGUAAAUGUCCCUCAGGAAAUCUGAACUGGUAGAAAAUCAGGUGUCCUGUGCAAAUUAUCUUUAAUUUCCUGCUCUUUCUGGAAAUGACCCCUGCCCAGCCAAGCCCUCAUACCUAAAGUAGACGGUAGUGGCCUUUAUUAAAGCGAGUUUUAUGUUGUUCUGUUUAAAAGGCAUAGAUUAUUUCCAUACCCACUGGCUUCUAACAUCUCUGAUUCUGUUCUGUUCCUGUUAAAAAUGGUUACGUUAAUCCUUUUAACAGUUCCUUUUUUUGCAGAAUGCAAAAUAUUUUACAUCAAUUACAUUUCUAGAAAGAAUGACUAGUCUUUCUAGUUUAUUCUGUGAUUACUCUUUCUAUAUAAAGCAGUGUAUUCGACAGAGACAUGAGUGCUUUAGACACACUUGCUUUCCUAUGCGUCAUUUCUCAUAUUUUACUCCUUUGCUUGGCCUGAACUUUGCCACCCUCCAGCCCUGUUUGUGUUUUUAUGGAACCUGAGGUGACCUAAUGAAUCAGCUCAUUAUACACACACAUAUUGAACCCUAAUCUAACAGCCAUGUCUGGCUUACAUUACAGGAAUGGUCCAGCACUAAACAUUUUAAAUAGUUUUAGAGUUAAUUUGUCAAAUGCUUGGUUUUAGAGUUAUAGAUGUGUUAAAAUGACCUCCCAUAGGCACUGACAAAAAUGGUUUCGGGUUUACUGAUGGAAUAUUCCUUUCACACUGACAGUGUAUUAGAAAGCCUACAACUGCUGAAACAACUGCUGUGCUUUGUUUUGCCUUCCUGCACGCUGCCUCACCCUUACUGCUUCAAAGGAUGGUUUGUAUAUUGCAUCCUGGGUUCGUCCUGCCAAGUCAGCAGGUCAGGUUUCGUCUGCGAUUGCAAAACUGCUAGAUCAUGUUCAGUACGUCCUGUUUGUGAGCCAGAUGUUCCAGUUAAGGAUCAUCUGUUUCAUAGUGGAGGAGACACACAAACAAAACGAGCUACACCCCAAGAGCAGAGCCAUACAUCUGAGUGCAGUGUGGGUAGCCUACGGACCUUAAAAAAGACUUUUUGUUUUCCUGAGUUCACUAAGACUUUUGCAACGUGACCCAACGUCCUUUUGCAACGUCCUUUUAAAACGUGACCCAAACUCUUUGUUUCUCGGGCAUCCACAGACCAUUCCAUUCACUUUGAGAUGACUAUGUUGGUGGGUGAUCUCUUUCGUGGUUGAUAUGUGCUCCAGUUGUAUUUGCUGUUGAGAGUUUUUAUGUUCCAUUGAUGUAAAAGCAAGUCAAACAGAUUUACUGUUGAGGACCUGUGAGGUUUAACGAAGGAAGUUGAACCUGCUUGUCACUCAUGUUGAAGGUGCUGCUUGUAUUGUGUAUGCUAUGUGCUUACGUGUACCUGUAUGCGAUAUGUGAUGUGGAACGCCAGUAAAUACAGGUGCAUGGCAGUGAACAUAGCAGCCACCACUGCAUAUGUAGAAAGUUAUUUGUAGAUGUUGCCUUGUUUCUGCAGUUGCCGUAGAUAUCCACUGGAGUGCGUUGUAAUAGCUUGAAUGUGAGGAUACAUGCAAAAUAUAUUUUCAGAUAUUUACUCAAAUCUAUUUUUUUUAAAUAUUAAAUAUUAAUUGUGCCCAAAAGUAACAGAGUUUAAGUGCUCUGCAGGUAAAGAGAUUUUCAUUUUACCUUCACAGUGAAAAUUUCAAAGAUAUAAAUGCCUUCCUCCAAAAAGCCAUGAAAUAGCUGUGGUCAAAUGAAGGAACCUCUUAGAUGAAAUGAAAAUGAUUUAGUAUGCAUAAUUUUUUAAGUCUAUGCAAUGUCAGUGGCUUGUGGGACAUGAGAAGUCACGGUUUGCUUAUGCUAUGUAAAUGUUUUCCCUAGCACUGUAGAAAGGUUUUCGUCUUCGCUAUGCAGAAAUGAAUAGUCAUAGCAGGUAAGUAG